CGUUGAUAGGUACGUCAAGACAUCUAACUCAUUUUAACUGUCGACGGCAGCAACUACCAAUUGCUUUACCAUUGAGUUCCAGUGCCAAUGUACCUACUGUCGCCUAUAAUAAGCUAACCUAUGGCUGAUGUCGCUGAGGCUAUUGCGGCGGCCAUCGCUGCUGCCGCGCCACCGACCAGCCCUCAUAUUAAAACCGAGCCAUUAGUCGGCGAUGCUAUGGUCUUGGAUCAUUCACCCCAACCGCCACAGUCACCUCUAAAGAGACCGCGAACCCCCGACCAAGAUGACGACCAAGCUAGAGACGAAAAGCGACCCAAGAUAGAAAGUGAAGUGGUGAACGAGAUGGAUGAGAUUGCCCUUCUUGUCCAGCAAGCCCAGGCCGAAGCCAUGCAGCACUUCCAGUCCGAGCCUGACAAGGUUGACGAUCCUCCCUCUAACGAUGCCGACCAUUUCCACGAUAUAUCCAAUGGUUUAUCCAACAAUAUAAACCAUGAUAUACAUCACGAUAUAUCGGGGUUAGAUACGGAAUUCGAACAGCGGGCGCCUAGUCCUGUUGACGAUCCAGAACCGCGCCCGGAGUCUUUGUGGAGUAAUCCUAGAGAUUUUACGCGGCGGAAGCAUAUCAUACCUGCACUUGGGAGCCUAGCUGUCGAUAUUAUUACUGCAUGGUCUGAACAAUCCUUGGAGGACACAAUCGCCACUCUAAGCGGCGAUUCAGAUUCAGACAUCGCGAAAGAAUAUGUCUUAUUAAAAAGUGCAUUCGAUGUUCAGCGGAAGCAACUUUCAGAUACGUAUCCAUUAUUAUAUCCAGAGCACUUGAACGUCACCAGUCAGACUCGAGAAGUGAUCAGGAUAGUGAAUCUUGCAACGACAUGCGCAAGUGUCUUCGGUACCAAUGAGCUUGGCUUAGAAGAGGUCAACGAACAUUUUCUACGCAUUUUCGUUCCCGAGAACCACGAAAUACCUCGGGAUGCAGCGGAAUUAUAUAUGGGCCUGAAGACUCAAAUUUUCCUUGCUGUUUUAGAAAGUGAACAAGAGAAAGCCAGGGACCAAUUUCUAGACGACCUUUUUGUUACAAGAUUGGAGAGCUCUUUGCAAGAACACCACCCAAGUCUUCCAUUGACGGCUACUGAAUAUGAGUUUAUUGCAAAUGCAAAAGCGCGAAGAGCAAUGCUCCUUAAUGAAUCUACCGACAUGGAUAGUAUACAGGCGCUUAGCAAACAGUUUACAUAUGAAGCAUUUCUCGAUAGUCUAAGCACGUUCCUUAAUGAUCACAUAGAAAGCAUUAGAAUUCAAGGUACCGGAAGGGUGGAGACUACAACACCGAUAGAGGAUAUUGCGCAAGACGAGCAUGUCGGCCAAACAUUAGACGAGGCUUUUGAUAUUAACGCUAUGAUUGCUGAGGCCUCAAGGGCAGCACAAAGUGCUCUGGAGACAACUGGAGAAGAGUCUCACGAAUUAGAUGACCUCUCGGCAUUCCUCGCAGAAAAUGUUUCUAAGGCGGUCGAACAGGCCAAAGAAAGCGCCACAAGUACAGAACUACCAUCCGCUAUCGCAUCCGCAGCUGAGAGUGCCUCGAGGGCGACUAUGUUGGCUUUACAAAGCAUUCAACAGAACCAGUAUCACCCGACGACACUUCCCCAGGCUCCUGGUAGGUUUAGUAAUACUGAUAGCGAGAGAAAUGUCUGCUCACCUGAUGUAGCCCAAGCAUCCUCGGCUCAACCUCCAAAUCAAAAUAACUAUCAGGUUCAACAAACGCAGCAGACACAACAGACACAGCCACAGCAGCAGUAUUAUCAUUACCAGCAACACCACGCAACUAAUGGGAUGCCUUCGUACCAAACAGUCAACGAUCACCUCCCUCCAAAUCAGAGCGAUUCGACCCCAGCUCUCUAUGAGCGUGCCCGACAGGCGGCAGCAGCACGAUCUUCCACUCAUGCGCGGCGGGAAGGCUCUCACUCUACUCGACGCCCUUGGAGUCCAGAGGAAGAAAAAGCACUUAUGAUGGGACUUGAUAUGGUUAAAGGCCCUCAUUGGUCGCAAAUAUUAUCUCUCUUUGGACCGAAUGGAUCUAUCAGCAAUAUCCUCGCAGACCGUACCCAGGUACAAUUGAAAGAUAAAGCUAGAAAUUUGAAGCUGUUCUUCCUCAAGACCAAUUCAGAAAUGCCCUACUAUCUUCAAUGUGUUACCGGCGAAUUGAAGACAAGGGCCCCAACGCAGGCUGCGAGAAAGGAGGCUGAGGAGAAGGCAAGACUCAACUCGGAGGAACAGCAAGCUCAUGUAAAUGGUAUCUUGACAUUGGCCGGCGGGCUGCAGAACAAUGCUCCAUCGAUACAUAGCCCUUCGGCAGGAGUGCCCAGAAGCGCAACACCUAAUCAGCCGCUGUCGCACCCUGGAUCGCACCCUGGAUCGCAACCAGGAACACCGAGGAUGCCACAUCAAUCAGCUCAGCAGUCUGCGCCAACCCCAUCUUCUCUGCCCCGUCCAGUAAUACCCGCACCACAGCCAGUCAGCCUCCCCACAUUCACAUCAACGUCUCAUCUCCACACUCAGCCGCAUAUUUCCCAGGCUGAGCGACAUACGACUUCUAUGACAAAUACUCUUACACCUCCAGUGAUGGUUCCGACGACAACUCAAGCCACUGCUACCGUAUCCCCACCCAUAACGGCGCCGGCAGCAACUACUGCCUUACAAAACAAUGAACCAGAGAAGAAUGAACUCAGUAGUGUAGACGCGGCAGUGCUUGGUUUGAGAGCCGCUCUAGAAAGAGAAAGGGAGAGAGAAAGGGAAAGCGAUGCGCUGGCUGCUGUUGCCGCUACAGCCUACUCUGAUGAAGGAACAAUGCCUUCUACUAAUUCUGCUACAUCCGCCGCCACGUCGACUGAAUAAUACUCGGUUCUAAUGGAAGGACGCGGCGUAUACUUUUUCUAGGUAUAACUCACGAGACUCAUGUCAUGCAUGAUUGAUACCCCUGGGCGAUUUUGGUGAUUCGGAGGCAGCGAGAUAGUCAAGGCAUAGCCCGACAAACAUUACAUAGUUGGUAUAAAUCGAAUUAACCAGUCAACCUUUCUAGUUGCACCGGGUCCCGGUUGUGGAUUGUGUUAUACAAGUUCGUCUGGGUCCGCCCCGCGGGCCGUAACCACUCAGCCCUGG